CUAAACUAUUUCAUUAUUCCAAUUUCAUCCCUCCACCAACUCCUUAAUUUUUUUUGUUCUUGACUUUCUUCCGCACCAACCCUUCCAUUGUCUCUUGUAAACUCUCAAAUUUUUCUUCCCUUGCUAUUAUUUUGCUGAAUUAUUUUAUAGCAAAGAUAAAAAUCACUGGGCGUACUUUGUUUACUUUAUUGAUUUUAAUGCAGGGUAAUUGUUGUUUAGAGGUGGGUAGUAAUUGUUAAAAAUUAAAUUGUAAUUGGGAAUCUCGUUUUUUUGGAUUGAUAAACUAGAAUUGGGGUUGUUGGAAUUUGUAAUACCUUAGCUAUGGAGGCACAGAUUCUUCAGAGCAUUGGAACUUUUCAGUGGGUAGAUUCAGAAAAAUUGUUGAGGAAACCGAGUGGAUUUAUCCAGGUUUCUCAAAGAAUUAAGGAAAAUAAUGGGGUUCGAAUGUUCGUGACGGUUCAGUCAAAUAGAAGAACUUCAACUCAUCUUAAACCAAUUUUGAAGGUCUCGAGUUCUUUGAAUAAUUCUGCAGAUUCCAUGCUAGUAUCUGGUGGCUGUCCUGCUUCUCUGGACGAGUCCUUGAUUCUGAAGCACAAAGCAGCUGAGAUAGAGCAAUAUCUUAAUGGACGUUGCAUUUACCUUGUUGGUAUGAUGGGCUCUGGGAAAACAACUGUUGGCAGGGUUUUGUCAGAUGCACUUAAUUAUUCAUUUUGUGAUAGUGACUUAUUGGUGGAGCAGAAUAUGGGGGGAAUGUCUGUUGCAGAAAUUUUUAACCAAUGUGGAGAAGGCUUAUUUCGUGACAAAGAGAGUGAUGCAUUAAAGGAGUUAUCUAUGAGGAAUCGGUCGGUUAUUUCCACGGGUGGAGGGGCCGUAAUACGGCCCAUAAAUUGGAAACACAUGCGAAAAGGUGUUAGUGUUUGGUUAGAUGUACCGUUAGAUUGCUUAGCACGGAGAAUUUCUGCAGUCGGAACCAACAGUCGUCCUCUGUUGCAUGGUGACUCUGGGAAUGCUUACUCUAAGGCUUUGACACGCUUAUCGACACUUUUAGAGAAGAGGGGCGAAGCAUAUGCGAAUGCUAAUGCUCGAGUUUCUUUGGAAUAUAUUGCAAUGAAACUAGGGGAUGUAAAUGUAGAUAAUCUUACUCCAGGUGUAAUUGCAUUAGAGGCACUUGAACAAAUCGAGAGUUUUCUUAAGGACGAUGAUUAUGCUGUAUAAAAAACCACUUCAAUUAUCCUGCUGUACAUGUUAUUUCUGCAUUCUAUAUUCUGUUCAUCGUGUUAAAGCAGGUGCACACACUUCAUAAGCCAAAAGGAAACCAUCCUAAAACCAUAUGGUAAUGGGUGGAAGGGCUCUAAUGACACACCAUCUAUAAUCCAUCGAUGUGGGACAAACUGUUCCAACACCGUCAGUAUAGCAUCAAUGUAAUAGUAUAUGUUAUUCAGUAGGAUGACAUACAUAUAGUUUUUGUGUUCAUUUCCGAAUACUUUGUUAGAGAAAUAAGUUUGAAAUUUUGAUUUUUUUGGUUGAUGUUAUCGUACUCUCCCCUUGUGAUGCCAUAAUUAAUAUUGGUUUGUUAA